GAAAAAACCUACUAUUCAAAUUUUGUUUAUUGUUGUCUGUUGAGUGUUGAGCUUUCACUAUUUUGCGUUUUGACAUUCAAGGCUAACGAUUUUAUCCGUUAUUUUAUGUUCUUGUGAAAAAUGGAUGAGGUACCAAAUGGCGAAACUCCCACUACUUCAAAAAAUAAAAAUUUUGGAAUUGCAUUCUCUUCUCCAAUGCUCACACCUAAAGCUAAUGUUGAAUUCAGCAAAGAGUUGAAGCAGGUUCUUCACGAAAGGAAUGUACUUACGACCCGUACUAAAAAGAGAGUGUUUGAUGUGCUGGACGAAAUAGAAGUCAAUAGUAAAAAUGAGGGCAGAGCUAGGAAAAGGGAGAAUGCAAUCUUUGAAAUUAUAGUGAGUGAAAAAAGUUAUGUCCACCAGUUAUCACUAAUCAUCGACUUCUUUAUGAAACCUGCUAAAGAGAAAAAGCUUCUCAGUUUCGAGGAUUACGAAAUACUCUUUGGAAAUAUACAAACAAUUUACAGUGUGAAUGAAGCCCUACUCAAAGAGUUGUAUAAGGGUUCAGUUAAUGUUGCCAAAGCAUUCCUCCACAUAGCCCCAUAUUUUAAAAUGUAUUCAUCCUAUGCACUGGGAUUUAAGAAAACAUUGGAUUUCCUUCAGAAAGCUAGACAGAGGAACCCUGAAUUCUACAAUUUUAUGGAGAAGCAAGAGACACGUCCAGAAGUUCAGAACAAACUUUCUGCUCUUCUGAUCGCUCCUAUUCAAAGAGUUCCUAGAUACAAACUUCUUCUUCAACAGCUCCAUGAACUUACAUCACCUUCUGAACCUGAUUAUCAGAGCAUAUCUGAUUCUCUAUUCAAAGUGGAAGAAGCUGCUAAACACAUAAACAAAGUGGUUGAGGACCAGGAAAAUAUGCAACGGUUGUUAGAAGUACAGAGAUGUAUUAAGAAUAAUCAGCCGUCAAUAAUUACCCCUGGAAGAGUUUUAUUGAAAGAAGGUACUUUAUUACAGUUUGACGGAAAAGUGGGACCCAGUGAAAAAUUUUAUGUGAUUUUACUGAAUGACAUAAUUUUAUUUUGCAAGAUGAAGAGUAACACUUUGAAACCCAAUUCUUUGAAAUGCAAGAAAAUAUUUCCUCUGAAUAAAUGUGUUGUUAUUGAAAAUGCUGAAAAAGGUUGUUUCCAAAUCCAUUGUGAGGGAGAGGAUUUUAUUCUAUAUGAUAGAGUAUUAUCUGUUACUAAGGAUUGGGUUAAAGCUACUAACGAUGCCAUCGACAAUUGUAUAGAGAAAAGAAAAACUUUACGUAAAGAGAGUUCUUCAAGGAAACCAGUUAAAAGGAGGGAAUUCAAUGAAUAUAAUGAUAUAGGAUUAAGUCCAGGAAUCCCAUUGAAAAGAAGAAGACAAACGAUAGAAGAAGAUAUUAAGACAGAUCGACAUUUCUUAUCACCCAGGAGAUCUUAUAAGAACUACAAUCUGAAUCUCAAAAAGAAUCCAGCUGAGUGUGUUCCUCCUGUAUCCACAACAACUCUUGCAGAAGUGAAAUUAGAUGAUGGUACUUUAUAUCACAGCACUCCUCGCACAGAUUUAUUUGUGUUUGGAAGAGAAAAUGCAAAUACAAGCUUUACAUUCAAGCUGACCAAUAUGAUUAGUAACUUGAGUUCAUCAAUAUUUAACAUAUUCAAGUCAAGGAAAGACUGAAUGAUUCUAUGAAGAAAUGCAAACCAUUUUCUACUUAAAAUUUCAGUAUAAGCAAUACUCAGUAACUUUUGUACAUAUUUCAAUUGUCCAAAGUUCUAUUUUGGAGAUAUUUUAUUUAAAUAUAUUUAUAGGUUUAUCACCUAUAUUCUGAUGUGAUUCUUUCACAAAUGUGUUCAAGGAAUAAAUAUCUUUUUAUAAUGUG